GUGGGGAAGGGCUCCGCGUCCUCCCCGUUCGGAGCCGAGGACUCGGGGCCCCCAGGCCGGCGGGGCACGUGCUCAGCCCCCGACGGCGCCUCCGUGGUCGCUGGGUGCCCGGUGGUGACUCCGUAGGGUGCUCUUGGUCUUUGGGACGGGGGUUAACUACCCCGGAAUACGCCAGGGUUAACCAGGAACGCCGGCGCUUUGUAGGAGGGAGAAGAACUUGGAGCGCGCACCCCAGAUCAGUGCAUGAGGGGUCCUCCUCGGACUCGUUGCCUGCUUUCUCCCGUGCUGCAGGAUGGACCCGGAGCCCUCGCCCGUCCGCCUCGCUGUCCGGGAAGCCAUCCACACCCUCAUGUCCUCCAAGGAUGGCGGCCACAUCUUCUCCACCCUGGGGUCACUGAAGCGGUAUCUGGGUGGAACGGAGGCUCCGGUGCCCCCCAGGGAGAAGGAGGAGUUUGCCGCCGUCCACUUCUCCGCCCUCCUCAGGUGUCUGGUGAGCACGGCGAGCCCCGACUGGCUGGAGCUGGUGCCCGGCGGGCAGCUGGAGAAGCUGUGGGGCAGCUUCUUCCUGGAGGGCCCAGCUGACCAGUCGCUGCUGGUGCUGAUGGAGGCCAUCGAGAGCACUGCCGGCCCGAGUCACCGUCUGGUGAGGAUGGCGCGGCUGCUGGCGGAGUUCUUGCGCGCGGGCAGGAUGGCCGCCCUGAUGGAGGCGCAGUGCCGGCCGACGGGGCCUGGCUGCUCCCUGCUCCAGGAGACGCUGCUCGGCAAGGUGGUGUGUCUGCCCGACCACCUGGGGAACCGGCUGCAGCAGGAGAACCUGCCCGACUUCCUCCCGCAGGCCUACUUCCCCCUGCUGGCGGGGGCGGUGGUCCGGGCCCUGCGCACCGUCGCGGACGCCCUCCGAGGUGGCGUGGACUGCUGCGUGUCCUUCGUGGCCCGGGUGCUCGGGAAAGCCUGCGUCCACGGCAGACAGAAGGAGAUGCUGGGGGUGCUGGUGCCGCACCUGGCCGCGCUUACACGGGACGACGGCCUGUGGCAGCGGGUCUGCUGGCGCCUGCUGGAGCGUGUGCCCGAUGGCACCUUGGAGGCUGUGCUCACCGGACUCUUGGAGGCCGCACCAGGGGCCGCCGUCUCCAUGUUGGCCGGCUGGACCGUAACCAGCUCCCCUGCCCCUGCACCGAGGCCGCAGCUUCUCCGCACUCGGGCGGCCCCUUCCCGUUUCCUCACGAGGCCCGCGGUCCUGUCACGCCUCCUGGGGAACCUGGUGAUGAAGAGGAAAAAAGCGCAGUUCGUGAUGACCCGGAAGCUUCUGUUUCUGCAGUACCGGUCCACGACGGCCACGCUGCAGAGCCUGCUGGGGUACCUGGCCGCCGACAGCCAGCGGCGCCCGCUCCUGCUACAGGUGCUGAGGGAGCUCCUGGAGACGUGGGGCAGCCGCAGUGCCGUCCGGCACACACCCCUGCCGCAGCAGCACCACGUCAGCAAGGCCGUCCUGCUCUGCCUGGCACACCUGGGGGAGCCGGAGCUGAGGGACAGCCGGGAGGAGCUGCUGGUGAGCGUCAUGGCUGGCGUGAAGAGCCGCCUGGACUGCAGCCUGCCCGCUGCCCGCCGCCUGGGCAUGAUCGUGGCCGAGGCCGCCACCGCCCGCCUGCACCCUGAGGGGCCGCCCCUGAGGUUCCAGUACGAAGAGGACGAGUGGAGCCGAGAGCUUCUGACCUUGGCUGCCCCCAGGCCUGUGGAGGACAGCGCCCUGGACUCUGGGCCGCCCACCUCCCCGGCCACUGCUGAGACCCCUGCUGGGGACAGUGAGGACAGCGGGGCGCCCCCAGCCCAGGCGCUGGGCUCUGGCUCUGAGCUGGACAGUGACGACGAGUUUGUUCCCUAUGACAUUUCGGGGGACAGAGAGCUGAGGAGCAACGCGGCGCUGGUUUACGUCCGCGACUGCCUGGAAGCCCUGACAGCGUCCGAGGACUGGGAGCGCUGGGAGGCCGCACUGCGCGCCCUGGAAGGCCUCGUGCGCCGGAACCCUGCCGCCACCCGCGAGGUGAGCAAGGAGCUGGCCGUUGUGCUGCUGCACUUGGAGGAGAAGACCUGUGUGGCAGGGUUCGAGGGGCUGCGGCGGGGAGCCCUGGUGGCCGUCACCGUCACGGACCCCGCGCGGGUGGCGGAGUACCUCGCCCUGCAGUUCCACGGCCUCAACUACAGCCUCCGGCAGCGCAUGGACAUCCUGGACGUCCUGGCGCUGUCAGCGCAGGAGCUGGCCCGGCCCAGGCAACUUGGGAAGGCCGCCCCACGAGGGGCUCCCAGCCCCAGCAGCCGCGAUGUGCCGCCACCCGCUGUCCAGCUCUCCGGCACCGCAGCUCCGGACUGGCGCCAGGUCGUGGAGCAGCGGAUCGAGAGCAAGACCCGGCGGUUCACCAAGGGGUCCCCGAGGUUGGAGCCGGCCUGUGGCCCCAACGAAUUCGGCCCCGUGGCCGGCUACUUCUUCUUCCCGCUCAUCCGAUGCUUUGACAGGCCUCAGGCGACCUUCGACCUCCUGGGGGACGACCAGCUGGUUCUCGGAAAACUGCUGCACACCUUGGCGUCCCUGAUGCACCUGGCUGUCCGCACGCCCGUGGCCGUGCCCAUGGGGAAGGCCCUGCUGGAGCUCGUGUGGACGCUGCGUUUCCACAGCGACGCCUACGUGCGCCAGGGCCUGCUGUGCGCCGUCUCCGCCGUCCUCCUGGGCCUGCCUGCGGAGCGGCUGCUCGGGGACCUGCCGGAGGAGCUCCUGGAGGCCCGGCCCUGGCUGGCAGACGUGGCCGAGAGCGACCCGGACGAGGACUGCCGGGGGCUGGCGGUGCAGGCACUGCUGCUGCUGGAGAAGCUCAAGGCUGCGCUCCUCCCACUGCCCUCCCCGUAGCCCCGCGGGCCAAGCUCAGGGCCCGGGAGUGGCCCCGGCAACACCUGCUCAGAGCCUGGCAGGCCGAGGACCCCGGGCCUCCCCCCUCGGAGCAGCCGCUGCAGGGUCGUGGCCUCUCACGAGUGUCCGCGCUAGACCGAGUGCUGCCACUGGGCUAACCCCCAGGCCUGUGGUGUUGGGGCUGGGAUGGGGUGCUCUGAGCCCCCAGUGUGCACCUGCCACGGGGGCUGCCUCCGCCCGCGAGUCAAGCACAGCCCAAAGGAGGGGCAGAGCCGUGGUCCCCCAGCCCCGGGCCUCCCUCUGCCCUCACCAGGGCAGGGGCCUGAGCUCUGAAGUUUCCGAAGGGGAGUUGGGAGAGGGCUGCUGACAAAAUAAACUUUAUUUUAUUUUA